GCAUAGGCUGCCGGAGAGAACUCACGAAGAAGACGCCGAGCCGGCGAACAAGAGGAAGAAGAAGAAGCAGACGGCGAGGACGAGGGGGAGGAUACAGGACUGACACCAUGGCGGGCAGCAGACUGGAGAGGGUCGGAACCGUCUUCACAAGGGUUCGAGACCUGAUGCGCUCCGGAGUGAUGAAGCGGUCCCAGAAACCCCUGUGGUACGACGUCUACGAGGCCUUUCCUCCCAAGAGGGACCCCGUCCACGUCCGGCCCCUCGGCAGACCCCUGCCCAGCAGGCUGGAGAACGUCCCGGAGAUCUUCUACCGGGAGGACGCAGUCAGAGCGAGGUUCUACGAGCAGUACGGGACGGGUCCUCGGCCUUUCGAUCUCUCCAGGUCCAACUUCGUGUCCACGUGUCAGAGGUUUGUUAAUAAGUACACGGAGCUGGAGAAGCAGAGCGACCUGGACCAGCAGGUUCUGUUCCUGGAGACGGCCAAGGCUCUGCUGGCAGAGGGGGUGGUCCUGAAGAGGAGAACAGCACUUCCUGUGGAGGAGUCCAGGGAGCCGGCGUUGGAGCUGAACCCCUCAGACGUGGCGGCUGAGCAGAGUCCAGCCGACUCUCAGCAGAAGUGAUGGACCGGUGGAGAGUCCAGGCCCCCACUACCGCUGCAUCACGGUGGUGGGGGCCUGGAGUGGAGCUGCUCCCUAGAAACAUCCUCUGGAAACUUCUGGCCGACAGGACACGCCCCCUGGUCUGCACGCCCCGCCCCUGGUCUGUAGGCCCCGCCCCCCAAGGGCCCGCCGUUGUUCAAACCUGGAACUGCAGGGUAUCCUGACCGGUUUGUUGUGGUUUUAUCUUAUGAACACUUGAUGGAAAAUUUUUACUUCUGACAAAUAAAGUCAUGAAACAAAGA